AUGAAUCCAACACUAAAAAAACCCAAAAAAAAUCGGAAUUCUAAUCACAAUUACAAGAACGGUUUUAUUUUAUUUCGGAGCCGCAUUCACAAACUUUUAAAAUCAUCAGGAGACUGGGGCGGUGUAUCUGCUAAAUGCUCAAAUAUAUGGCGUUCAUUACCUCAGAAUGUUAAAUCAGCAUGGUCACAAACAGCAGAAUUAAGUCAAUAUCAGGACGUGCGGAAACAAAUAGCAACGUUAGAAAAAAUCAUCCUUACCCUCUGGCAUAAAGAACACAACAACUAUAAACUACAUAUAAGCACGGUUCAGUAA